UGUACUAACUGUUCCAGUGACAGCAAAGGCCUCAUGUGUGUUUCUUUUUUUUCUUUUUUUUUUACGCAAAUUCCCAACAGCAGGUUGGCCUUUUCAUUGGUUGAAACCACAGUCAGAUUCCCCUGCGAAAUUAUCUGAUUGAAAAUCAGGGAGGGGAGAAAAAGAGAGAGCAACAAGUGUGAUGUUUUUUUUACACUGCUUUGCUUUUCUGACUUUUUAGGAAAGGAUUUGGCGACAAGUUGUUUUUCCUCCUCUGCGCUUCACACCCAAAGAACAAGGACAUUAUUAUUAUUAUUAAUCUAUUUAUUUCUGCGGGAGCCUGCUCGGUUAACGGAUCAACAUGCCUCGGUCAUUUCUGGUGAAAAAUAAAAGGUGCACGUCCUAUAAUGUUCACCGAUCAUAUGAAGACGAGCCGAAGGCCCCCAUAUUUACAGAAGACCCAUCAGAGGUCCAGAGCACAGACUCUGAAGACAUGAGGCCUCAGUCGGAGGGCCAGUCUUCCCCUGCAGAAGACAGCUCCUUUGAGAAGGAGGAGGCAGAGCUUGAAAGCCCUUUACCUGCUCACCCAGAGCCUGCCAGACCCCAAGUGGCUCCCACACAGCCAUACUACCUAAAUGAGCCUCACAUGGCCGGAUUCCCUCCUUACUACAAGCCGGCCUACGCCUGGGAGCCAGUGCCUUCCUACAAGAUCCGUCAGAUGAGUUUCAGCCCCACGGUGCUGCAGCACGCCAGCAAUCUUUACAACACGCACAUCAGCCGCAGCCCGCAGCCUCAACAGCCUCAGCAGCCUCAGCAGCCUCUGGACUGCAGCACGCACUACUCCCCCACCUCCAACACCUACCACUGUAUCACCUGUGAAAAGGUGUUCUCAACGCCCCACGGACUGGAGGUUCACGUCAGGAGGUCGCACAGUGGAACGAGACCUUUUGGCUGCAGCAUCUGCAGGAAAACCUUCGGCCACGCCGUCAGUCUGGAGCAACACAUGAACGUCCACUCUCAGGAAAAAAGCUUCGAGUGCAAGAUGUGUGGCAAAACAUUCAAGCGCUCCUCCACUCUCUCCACGCACCUGCUCAUCCACUCGGACACGAGGCCUUACCCCUGCCAGUACUGCGGCAAGAGGUUCCACCAGAAGUCUGACAUGAAGAAACACACCUACAUUCACACCGGUGAAAAGCCCCACAAAUGCCAAGUGUGUGGCAAAGCGUUCAGCCAAAGCUCCAACCUGAUCACCCACAGCAGGAAACACACGGGCUUCAAACCGUUCGGAUGUGACAUUUGUUCCAAGGGCUUCCAACGUAAGGUGGAUCUCCGCAGGCACCACGAGAGCCAGCACAGUAUGAAGUGAGGAGGAAGCCGUUGUAAAUAUGUGUCCGAUAAAUUUCUAUUAAAAGAAUAAGCUGAUAUUAAAUUCUGAUUAAAGGCGAUUUAACUUCAGGAAAAAAUGUCAUCUGUAUAAUGAAGAAAUUGAUGAAAUGUAUUUGUUAAUAUAUUGGAAGUGAUCUUUCAAAUAUGUGUGGAUGAAUGGGAGGUUCAAAAUAUGCCUUUGGCUUAUUUUUGCUGUCAUAUAAUUUAUUUAAAGUAUGUUUGAGCAUUGUAUAUUAUAUUGGCUGGAGUCUGUGCGUGAGUUGCUAAAUGCUUUCAAUUGAAAUAAAGGGUGA